AUUGCAUGCCUCGCAUUGCUGUUUUUAUUAUUUGAAAUAAAAUGACGGACCUAAUGGGGUGAAAGCACCGUUACAAUAGCUGAUUCAGCCAGCGGCAGUUCCCCUUGAAUAAUGCCAUUACUAUGUACUGUGUUAUCUGGAUGGAAACGUAUCCCAGCAUGCAUGACAGCGAAAGCGACCAGAUGAUGAUGAAGCUAAGAUGGCAGCACUGGUAAGGGUGCAGCCUGUCUGGGGUCAAGAAAAACACAAGGAACAAACAAAAACAAAGGACGACACAGCGCUUUUUUGAAGAUAAUCUGCAACUGUCAUUCCAGCAGACGAGACAAUAUGGCCUGAAUCGUUGAAUUCCCGAAGACGACGAGCAAAUUAUUGUGCUGAAAAGGAAGGAUAUUUCGCAUUCGUGUGAGGGAGUGAGCCUGUAUUAUGCCGUUUGAAUCGGACAUUGUGGAUGUAAAGAUUUUGUUUUUUUGCAUUUAAGGGAUAGCCAACGCAGCUGUCUCGAUGCGCUGUGUUUUUAAGGACAUAUUGGAAUAACCAUUCGCCAGGUAUUCACAAAUGCUUUCGACGUAACGUUAACUUAAAUAUAUGGAUUGUUACACAAAACGAUGAUGUGUGCAGCUGCGGCAGCGGGUGCCGGUGGGGUUUUGCCUUCCUCGUCUCCGGCUGCGGGGUUGGGUGUCGGGGUCAUUUCUGGAGUUGGGACGGAUUUUCCUUGCAUUGGACCCGGGAUGGGUUCGGGUCCUGCUCCCGGGGCCCAGUCAGAUUGCCGGAGCCGGUAUCAGCUUCUACUCUCAGGAAGGGCUUUGGCGGAAAGAUAUCGGAGGAUCUAUACCACAGCCAUCAACGACAAAGAGCAGGGGAUAAACCCAGGAAGGGGAAAGAAGGCGUUGAGCAAGAAGAAGCUGAAAAGGCGACAGAAGGUCAAAUCAAAAGUCAAAACGAGAACGAAGACGGACUCUCUGGACGGGCCCUUCUCUGUGCCGGACAUUAAGCUGCACAGUAACCCCUCUGCGUUUAAUGUCUUCUGUAACGUGCGACACUGCGUGCUGGACUGGCAGCAGCGCGAGGCCUCGCUGGCCCUGGCCUCCCGAAACUCCGCCCAGAGCGGCGACUCCGACAGCGAGGAAGAGGAGGAGAGCCGCGAGCCCGCCGUCAAGCUGCCCAAGAUCAUCGGGAUCGGGCUGUGUGGCGUGUUUGAGCUCAUUAAGGAGACUCGCUUCUCACACCCGUCCCUGUGCCAGCGCAGCCUGCAGGCGCUGCUGGACAUGCUGCAGGGGCAGCAGCCCGAGGGCUUCCAGACCGAGCCGCCCGACGUGCUGGAGUCCCUGUUCCACCUGCUGCUGGAGACCACGGUGCGGAGCACGGGGGCGAACGACCCCACGGGGCAGGCCCUGACCGCGCUGUCCUGCGCCUGCCUCUUCAGCCUGGUGGUGGCCUGGGGAGACACCGGCAAGACCCUGCAGGCCGUGUCCACCAUCCUCACCAACAACGGCAGCCACGCCUGCCAGACCAUACAGGUGCCCACCAUCCUGACAGGGCUGCAGAGGAGCGUGCAGGCGGUGCUGGUGGGCAAGGUGCAGAUCCAGGACUGGCUGGGCAGCGGCAUCAAGCGGGCGGCACUGAUGAACAAGUGGACGCUGAAGGAGGUGCCCGUGGGCGAGGACGAGCGGUGCCAGCUGCAGACCGAUGGCUCCUUCCUCUACCUGCUCUGCAAGGACGGCCUCUACAAAGUGGGCUCUGGCUACAGCGGCACCGUCAGGGGCCACGUGUACAAUUCCACGUCCCGCAUCAGGAACCGGAAGGAGAAGAGGUCGUGGCUUGGGUUCGCUCAGGGCUGUCUGCUGUAUCGGGACAUGAACAGUCACAGCUUGAGCGCGAUCAAGAUCAACCCUGAGACCCUGGAGCAGGAGGGAUCCAUCACCAUGCCUGGUGGGCAGGCUGAGGGGCAGAGCAUCGUCUUCACUGAUGGAGAGUACAUCAACCAAAUCGCCGCUUGCAAAGAUGACGGGUUUGUGGUGCGGAUCUAUGCGACCAGCCGAGACCCCACCCUGCAGCAGGAGCUGCAGCUCAAACUGGCCCGCAAGUGUCUGCAUGCCUGCGGGAUCUCCCUGUUUGACCUGGAGAAGGACCUGCACAUCAUCAGCACGGGGUUCGAUGAGGAGGCGGCAUUGCUGGGUGCAGGCAGGGAGUUUGCCCUGAUGAAAACAGCCACAGGAAAGAUCUACUACACGGGGAAGUACCAGAGUCUGGGCAUCAAGCAGGGCGGGCCGUCUGCGGGGAAGUGGGUGGAGCUUCCCGUCACCAAGUCGCCGAAGAUCGUGCAGUUCUCUGUGGGGCACGACGGCUCGCACGCGCUCCUGGUGGCCGAGGAUGGAAGCGUCUUCUUCACCGGCUCCGCCAGCAAGGGGGAGGACGGCGAGUCCACCAAGAGCCGCCGGCAGCCCAAGCCCUACAAGCCCAAGAAGAUGAUCAAGCUGGAGGCCAAGAUGGCGGUGUACACGGCCUGCAACAACGGCAGCAGCAGCAUCGUCACCAAGGACGGCGAGCUCUACAUGUUCGGCAAGGACGCCGUGUACAGCGACAGCACCUGUCAGGUGACAGACCUGAAGGGUCACUUCGUAACUCAGGUAGCGAUGGGGAAGGCCCACACCUGCGUCCUGACUAAGAGCGGGGAGGUGUGGACGUUUGGGGUGAACAACAAGGGCCAGUGUGGCCGAGACACCGGACCCAUGAGCCAGACGGGGAAAGGCUUUGGGGUGGAGAACAUGGCCACGGCCAUGGAUGAGGACCUGGAGGAGGAGCUGGAGGAGAAGGAGGAGAAGUCUCUGAUGUGCCAGCCUGGAGCUCACAAGUGGAAGCUGGACCAGUGCAUGGUGUGCACCGUGUGUGGAGACUGCACCGGCUACGGAGCCAGCUGUGUGAGCAGCGGCCGGCCCGACAGAGUGCCCGGAGGGGUGUGCGGCUGUGGCUCGGGGGAGUCUGGCUGUUCUGCUUGCGGCUGCUGUAAGGCGUGUGCCCGUGAGCUGGACGGACAGGAAGCUCGGCAGAGGGGCAUCUUCGACGCCGUGAAGGAGAUGAUUCCGCUGGACCUGCUUUUAGCUGUGCCUGUCCCUCCCCCCCCAGGCGUGAAUAUUGAGGAGCACAUCCAGAUCCGCCAGGAAGAGAAGAGGCAGCGCAUCAACCGCCGUCACCGGCUGGACGAGGGCCGAGGUCCCCUCCUUAUCCCCGGUCCCAUUUUAAUGAACCAGCGCGAGCAGGCGCUAGCCCGGCUCAGACCCCCCCAGCAGGCAAAGCUCGAGCGGAAUAAGCACAAAGACCGCAGCAGCGAGCGCGGAGACAAGGACGCCAGCAAGAUCACCACCUACCCCCCCGGGGCGGUGCGCUUCGACUGCGAGAUGCGCGCUGUGCAGGUCAGCUGCGGCUUCCACCACUCCGUGGUGCUGAUGGAGAACGGGGACGUUUACACCUUCGGCUACGGGCAGCACGGCCAGCUGGGACAUGGAGACGUGAACUCCAGGGGCGCUCCUACUCUAGUCCAGGCUCUCCCGGGGCCCAGCGUUCAGGUGACGGCCGGCAGCAACCACACGGCCGUGCUCCUGAUUGACGGACAGGUCUUCACCUUCGGCAGCUUCUCGAAAGGGCAGCUGGGCCGGCCCAUUCUGGACGUGCCCUACUGGAAUGCCCGGCCCUCCCCCAUGCCCAACAUCGGGGCGAAAUACGGGCGCAAGGCCACCUGGAUCGGGGCGAGCGGGGACCAGACCUUCCUGCGCAUCGACGAGGCGCUCAUCAACUCGCACGUGCUCGCCACCUCCGAGAUCUUCGCCAGCAAGCACAUCAUCGGUUUGGUGCCCUCCUCGGUCUCCGAGCCCCCCCCCUUUAAAUGCCUGCUGAUUAACAAGACGGACGGCAGCUGCCGGACCUUCAGCGACUCGGAGCAGGAGGACCUGCAGGGCUUCGGCCUCUGCCUGGACCCCGUGUAUGACGUCAUCUGGAGGUUCCUGCCCGCCUCACGGGAGAUGUGUUGCUAUAACGCGGUGAUCGCUGAUGCCCGCGUGCCGUCCGCCUCCGACCUGCAGGCGCGCUGCAGCAUCCUGAGCCCUGAGCUGGCACUGCCAUCCGGCCCCCACGCCACCACCACCCGCUCCCAUGGAGCCCUGCACAUCCUGGGGUGCCUGGACACGCUCGCUGCCAUGCAGGACCUGAAGAUGGGCGUGGCCAGCACUGAAGAAGAGACGCAGGCCGUCUUGAAAGUCUACUCCAAGGAGGACUACAGCGUGGUCAACCGGUUCGAGAGUCACGGGGGCGGCUGGGGUUACUCCGCCCACUCCGUGGAGGCCAUCCGGUUCUGCGCCGACGCCGACAUCCUGCUGGGGGGGCUGGGGCUGUUUGGGGGCCGGGGGGAGUACACCGCCAAAAUCAAGCUGUUUGAGCUGGGUCCAGAUGGGGGAGACCAUGAGACAGACGGGGACCUGCUGGCUGAGACGGACGUGCUGGCGUACGACUGCGCAGCCAGGGAGAAGUACGCCAUGAUGUUUGACGAGCCGGUGCUGCUGCAGCUGGGCUGGUGGUACGUGGCCUGGGCCCGCGUCUCAGGCCCCAGCAGCGACUGCGGCUCGCACGGACAGGCCACCAUCACCACCGACGACGGUGUGGUCUUUCAGUUCAAGAGCUCCAAGAAGUCCAACAACGGUACGGAUGUGAACGCGGGUCAGAUACCUCAGCUGCUCUACAGGCUUCCGUCAAACGACGCCAACGCCGCCAAAGGGAAGCAGCAGACCAGCGAGCCGGUCCACAUCCUGAAGAGGUCCUUCGCCCGGACCGUCUCCGUGGAGUGCUUUGAGUCCCUGCUGAGCGUGCUGCACUGGAGCUGGACCACGCUGGUGCUGGGUGUGGAGGAGCUGCGGGGCCUGAAGGGCUUCCAGUUCACCGCCACCCUGCUGGACCUGGAGCGCCUGCGCUUCGUAGGGACCUGCUGCCUGCGCCUGCUGCGUGUGUACAUCUGCGAGAUCUUCCCCAUCUCAGCCAGCUGCAAGGCGGUGGUGGACGAGUCCAGCAGGCUGGCGGAGUGUGUGGGGAAGACGCGCAGCCUGCUGAAGAAGGUUCUGUCGGAGGGGAUGGAUAACUGCCUGACCAAGCUGGACAACGACCCGCAGGGCUACCUGAGCCAGCCGCUGGCCCUGCUGGAGGCCGUCCUGCAGGAGUGCCACAACACCUUCACCGCCUGCUUCCACUCCUUCUACCCCACCCCCGCGCUGCAGUGGGCCUGCCUGUGCGACCUGCUCAACUGCCUGGACCAGGACAUCCAGGAGGCGAACUUCCGCACGUCCAGCAGCCGUCUGCUAGCCGCGGUGAUGUCAGCGCUGUGCAACACCUCCGUCAAGCUGACCUCCAUCCUGCCCAUCGCCUACGACGGGGAGGUGCUGCUGCGCUCACUGGUCAAGCAGGUCAGCACAGAGAACGACUCCGCCCUGGCUCACCGCUUCCCCCUGCUGGUGGCGCACAUGGAGAAGCUCAGCCACACGGAGGAGAACCUCAUGGGCAUGACCAGCUUUCGGGAGGUUCUGGAGAAGAUGCUGGUGAUCGUGGUGCUUCCUGUCAGGAAGAGCCUGAGGAAGGAAGUGGAGCUCUUCUCCCCUCACCUGGUGUCCAACACCUGCGGCCUCCUGGCCAGCAUCGUCAGCGAGCUCACCGCCUCGGCCCUGGGCUCUGAGGUGGACGGGCUGAACUCGCUGCACUCGGUGAAGUCCACGCCCAACCGCUUCACCAAGACGAGCCAGGGCCGCAGCUGGAACACGGGCAACGGCUCGCCGGACGCCAUCUGCUUCAUGGUGGACAAGCCGGGCGCCGUGCUGGUGGGCUUCUGCGUGUACGGGGGCGGCGGCAUCCACGAGUACGAGCUGGAGGUGCUCGCCGACGACGCGCAGACGGAGCACCCCGGAGACUCCACCCACUCCCACAGGUGGACGUCGCUGGAGCUGGUGAAGGGCACCUACAGCACGGACGACUCGCCCAGCGACAUCGCCGAGAUCCGGCUGGACAAGGCCGUGCCCCUGAAGGAGCACGUGAAGUACGCAGUCCGCCUGCGUAACUAUGGCAGCCGCACAGCCAAUGGGGACGGGGGCAUGACCACGGUGCAGUGCUCCGACGGGGUGACCUUCACCUUCAGCACCUGCAGCCUGAGCAGCAACGGGACCAACCAAACGCGCGGGCAGAUCCCCCAGAUCCUCUACUACAGGAGCGAGUACGACGGGGACCUGCAGUCUCAGCUGCUCAGCAAGGCCAACGAGGAGGACAAGAACUGCAGCCGCGCGCUGUCUGUGGUGAGCGCUGUGGUGCGUGCUGCCAAGGACCUGCUGCACCGAGCCUUCGCCGUGGACGCUGAAGACAUUCCAGAGCUGCUGAGCUCCUCCAGUCUCUUCUCCAUGCUGCUGCCGCUCAUACUGGCCUACAUCGGCCCCGUAGCUGCGUCCGUGCCCAAGGCCGCAGUGGAGGUCUUUGGCCUGGUGCAGGAGCUGCUCCCUGCUGUCUCCGCCCUCAACCAGAAGUAUGCCCCACCCACUUUCAACCCCAACCAAUCAACAGACAGCACCACGGGCAACCAACCGGAGCAGGGCCUGUCGGCCUGCACCACCUCCAGUCACUACGCCGUCGUCGAGAGCGACCACCCGUACAAGCCGGCCAGCGUCACCCAGUACAAGGUGUCGUUCCCAGACUGCGUGCGCUGGAUGACCAUCGAGCUGGACCCCCAGUGCGGGACGGCCCAGGCGGAGGACGUCCUGCGUCUGCUCAUCCCCAGCCGCUCGCUCUACCUCUCCGGCCCCGGGUCCAAAACGCUGCCCCACGAGACCAUCAACACCUGGACCGAGCUCAAGAAGUUCUCCGGCACCUCCGGCUGGCCCAACUCCGUGCUGCUGCUGCCAGGAAACGAGGCGCUUUUCUCCUUGGAGACGGCCUCGGAUUAUGUGAAAGAUGAGAAGGCUUGCUUUUACGGCUUCAAAUGUGUUGCCGUGGGAUACGAGUUCAGCCCGGGACCAGACGAGGGGAUCAUCCAGCUGGAGAAGGAGCUGGCCUACCUGGGCAGCCUGUGUGCGGCUGCGCUGAUGAAAAAGGACCUGGCCCUGCCCAUCGGAAACGAGCUGGAAGAGGACCUGGAGAUACUGGAGGAGGCAUCGCUUCAGGUGUGCAAGGCCCACGCUGGGAUCCUGGGCAAGGGCCUGGCUCUGUCCCACUCUCCCACCAUCCUGGAGGCCCUGGAGGGGAACCUGCCGCUGCACCUGCAGACCAACGAGCACUCCUUCCUGGAGGACUUCAUCACCUGCGUGCCCAACUCCAGCGGGGGCCGGCUGGCCAGGUGGCUGCAGCCGGACUCGUAUGCUGACCCUCAGAAGACCUCGCUCAUCCUCAACAAGGACGACAUCCGCUGUGGCUGGCCCGCCACCGUGGCCGUGCAGACCAAAGACCAGUACGGGGACGUGGUGCACGUGCCCAACAUGAAGGUGGAGGUGAAGGCGGUUCCCGUCUCGCAGAAGAAGUCCCUCCAGCAGGACAGCGCCCGGAAACUGCAGCGUCUGCCGGGAAGCUCCUCCCCCUCCGCCUCCGGGACCGACCUCACCUUCGGGGGACUGCCCACCCCAAAACUGGAGGCCACCUACGAACCAAUGAUCGUCAAGGAGGCCCGCUACAUCGCCAUCACCAUGAUGAAGGCGUACGAGAAUUACUCCUUUGAAGAACUCCGCUUUGCCUCCCCAACUCCAAAGAGGCCCAGUGAAAACAUGCUGAUCCGGGCCAACACCGACGGCACCUACAGCGCCAACUGGACCCCCGGCGCCGUGGGGCUCUACACCAUCCACGUCACCAUCGACGGCAUCGAGAUCGAUGCGGGUUUGGAGGUGGAGGUGAAGGACCCACCGAAGGGCAUGAUCCCGCCCGGGUCACAGAUGGUCAAACCCAAAGCUGAGCCUCAGCCCAGCAAGGUGCGCAGGUUUGUAGCCAAAGACAGCGCGGGACUGCGUGUGCGCACGCACCCCUCCCUACAGAGCGAGCAGAUCGGCUUAGUGCACGUCAACGGGACCAUCACGUUCAUUGACGAGAUCCACAAUGAUGAUGGUGUGUGGCUCAGACUGAAUGAUGAGACUUUGAAGAAGUAUGUCCCUAACAUGAAUGGCUACACUGAAGCCUGGUGCCUCUCUUUUAACCAGCAUCUGGGCAGAAGCCUUCUGGUCCCCGAUGACGAGGCCAGCCUGCACUCGGAAGAGUGUUUUAAGGAGGCCAGUGGCCGCCCCCCCCACACGGCCCCCGUACGCGAGCAGGACAGGCCGGGCCUGGGUGGCGGACCGGGCCUUUAUAAGGUAGUGAAGACGGGACCCUCGGGUCACAACAUCAGAAGCUGCCCAAACCUUAGGGGCGUCCCCAUUGGAAUGUUAGUUCUGGGCAACACAGUCAAGGCCAUAGGCGAGGUGACCAACGUGGAGGGCACCUGGGUGCAGCUGGAUAAGAACAGCGUGGUGGAGUUCUGCGAGAGCGACGAAGGCGAGGCCUGGUCUCUGGCCCGGGACCGGGGGGGGAACCAGUACCUGCGGCACGAGGAAGAGCAAGCGGUCCUGGAGCAGGGGGCCCAGACUCCGCCUCCCAGCCCCUUCUCUGUCCAGGCCUUCAACCGGGCCACGGGGGCCAAUGGGGCGCAAGGCUUCGACUACGGCAUCUCCAACAACAAAGGUGAGCGGCUGAGCGCUAUUCUGAAUUCCAUUCAGCCCGGGCCCUUCCUCCCCGCGCCCGCCCUUCUGCAGCCGGCCCACUCUCCCUCUCCCCUAAUCCACAGCCCAUUUGUGUUCGGACAGUCCCUGUCCCAGCAGCCUCAGCCGCAGCCACAGCUUCCCAACGCUCCGUCACGCGGCCUUGCUUCCCGCGAGCGCGCGCACAAAAGCGCCGCCGCCGCUGGCCCCGCCCCCUCCGGCCCCGCUCUCUCAUCCCUCGCUCUCAGACAAAAGGGUGAGAGGGGAAACCAGGCGGCGGCGGCGUCCCGCCCCAUGUCCCCCGCGGGGAAGGGUCACCGGCAGGACAGCCGGUCCCCAAAACCCGAGGGUCGGGGCGGCAGGACGUCUGAUCAGGGCAAGGCCCGGACCAACGACAGCAUGUCAGCCAGCGAGGCGCUGAUCCUGCGGUCGGACACGGGCAAGCUGCGGUCCGACUCCCACGGCCGGUCCCAUUCGCCCAACCACAACACCCUGCAGGCCCUGAAGGCCGACGGCCGCACGCCGGGCCUGAGGGCCGAGUCCCCCACCCCAGGGUCCCGGGCCUCCUCCCCCAAACAGAAGGGCCUGGGCUCCGGCAGGUCCAGCCCCUCCGGCACCAGCUCGCCCCGCCCCUCCUCUCCCCACGACAAGAACGCACCUCCGAAAGUCAGCACGUCCCCCAAGGCCCGCCUGGACCCGCCUCGCGAGCGGUCCAAGUCCGACUCGUACACCCUGGACCCCGACACGCUGAGGAAGAAGAAGGCGCCCCUGACCGAGCCCCUGCGAGGCCGGUCCACCUCGCCCAAGCCCAAAGUCCCGCCCAAAGACGGCCGAGGGGGCGGCAGCGCGGAGAACCGCGCCCCCUCGCCGCACGUGGUCCAGGAGAACCUCCACAGCGAGGUGGUGGAGGUGUGCUCCUCCAGCGCCCUCCUCUCCAACAGCGAGGACGGCAACUCGGAGACCGGGGAGCUGCGCGGCGCGGAGGAGGGCUCCUCCAAGGUGCACUUCAGCAUCGGCAAGGCUCCCGUCAAAGAGGAGCUGGAGACGCGCUCCUCCCCCAAGAUCAGCCGCAAGGCCUCCGGCCGACACGUCCGGCCCAAGAAGGACAAGGCCGGGCCGCUCUUCAAGGGCGAGAGCCCGCGCCUGGCGGAGCCCGCCAAGCAGGCCAUGUCGCCGUCCGUCGCCGAGUGCGCCCGCGCCGUCUUCGCCGCCUUCCUGUGGCACGAGGGCAUCGUCCACGACGCCAUGGCCUGCUCCUCCUUCCUGAAGUUCAACCCGGAGCUCACCAAGGAGCACGCCCCCAUCCGCAGCUCCCUGGGGGGCCAGCAGCCUGGCGACGAGAAGGAGAGCAAGCUGAAGAACCGCCACUCCCUGGAGAUCUCCUCCGCCCUCAACAUGUUCAACAUCUCGCCCCACGGGCCCGACAUCUCCAAGAUGGGCAGCAUCAACAAGAACAAGGUGCUGUCCAUGCUGAAGGAGCCGCCGCUCCCGGAGAAGUGCGAGGACGGGAGGGCGGAGCCGGUGGCCUACGAGGUAGCUAGCCACUCCUCCAUGAGGGCCAAGUCCCUCCUGCCCCUCACCCUCCAGCACCUGGUGGCCUUCUGGGAGGACAUCUCCCUGGCCACCAUCAAGGCUGCCACCCAGAACAUGAUCUUCCCCAGCCCCGGGUCCAGCGCCAUCCUCAAGAAGAAGGAGAACGAGAAGGACAACAAGAAGGCCAAGAAGGAGAAGAAGAAGAAGGAGAAGGCCGAGGUACGGCCCAGGGGGAACCUGUUUGGGGAGAUGGCCCAGCUGGCCAUGGGAGGUCCCGAGAAGGACACCAUCUGCGAACUGUGCGGGGAGUCCCACCCGUAUCCAGUCACCUACCACAUGAGGCAGGCCCACCCAGGAUGUGGCCGUUACGCCGGGGGCCAAGGCUACAACAGCAUCGGACACUUCUGCGGCGGCUGGGCGGGGAACUGCGGAGACGGAGGCAUCGGGGGAAGCACCUGGUACCUGGUGUGCGACCGCUGCCGGGAGAAGUACCUGAGAGAGAAGCAGACGGCUGCCAGGGAAAAGGUGAAGCAGUCCAGGAAGAAGCCCCUGCAGGUGAAGACGCCGCGGGCGCUGCCCACCAUGGAGGCGCACCAGGUGAUCCGUGCCAACGCCCUGUUCCUGCUCUCGCUGAGCAGCGCCGCCGAGCCCAGCAUGCUGUGCCACCACCCGCCCAAACCCUUCCACGCCCAGCUGCCCAGCCUCAAGGAGGGCGUGUCCGACGACCCGUCCAACAAGAUCAGCUGCCUGUACCUGCAGACGCUGGCGCGGCAUCACACAGAGAGUUUCGGGGCAUAUCAGGAUGAUAACCUCUUCCAGGACGAGAUGAGGUACCUGCGCUCCACCUCUGUCCCGGCACCCUACAUCUCCGUCACCCCUGACGCCUGUCCCAACGUCUUCGAGGAGCCCGAGAGCAACAUGAAGUCCAUGCCUCCCAGCCUGGAGACCAGCCCGAUCACGGACAGCGACACGGCCAAGCGGACCGUGUUCCAGCGCUCCUACUCGGUGGUGGCCUCGGAGUACGACAAGCAGCACUCGGCGUCACCCGCGCGGGUCAAGGCCGUGCCCCGCCGCCGCGUCCACAGCGGAGAUGCAGAAGUGGGCUCCUCCCUGCUGAGGCACCCCUCCCCCGAGCUGUCCCGCCUGAUUUCGGCGCACGGCUCGCUCAGUAAGGGCGAGCGAAACUUCCAGUGGCCCGUCCUGGCCUUCGUCAUCCAGCACCACGACCUGGAGGGGCUGGAGGUGGCCAUGAAGCACGCGCUGCGCCAGUCUGCCUGCAGGGUGUUCGCCAUGGAGGCCUUUAACUGGUUGCUGUGCAACGUGAUCCAGACCACCUCGCUCCACGACAUCCUCUGGCACUUCGUGGCCUCCCUCACACCCUCGCCGUUCGAGCCGGAGGAAGAGGAGGACGAAGAAAACAAAGCCAACAAGGAGAACGUGGAGCAGGAGAAGGACCUGGGCGUGUGUGAGCACCCCCUCUCGGACAUCGUGAUCGCGGGGGAGGCGGCGCACCCCCUCCCCCACACCUUCCACCGCCUGCUGCAGACCAUCUCCGACCUGAUGAUGUCACUGCCCAGCGGCAGCUCCCUGCAGCAGAUGGCCCUCAGGUGCUGGAGUCUGAAGUUCAAGCAGUCGGACCAUCAGUUCCUCCACCAGAGCAACGUCUUUCACCACAUCAACAACAUCCUGUCCAAGUCUGACGACGGGGACAGCGAGGAGAGCUUCAACAUCAGCGUGCAGUCUGGAUACGAGGCCAUCAGCCAGGAGCUGUGUGUGGUGACCUGUCUGAAGGACCUCACCAGCGCAGUGGACAUUAAGACGUCCAGCCGGCCCGCCAUGAUCGGCAGCCUGACCGACGGCUCCACCGAGACCUUCUGGGAGUCCGGCGACGAGGACAAGAACAAGACCAAGAGCAUCACCAUCAGCUGCGUCAAGGGCAUCAGCGCCGCCUACGUGUGUGUGCACGUGGACAACUCCCGCGACAUCGGGAACAAGGUGACGUCCAUGACAUUCCUGUGUGGGAAAGCUGUUGAGGAUCUCUGCAGGAUUAAACAGGUGGACCUGGACUCGCGGCACAUGGGCUGGGUGUCCAGCGAGCUCCCCGGGGGGGACCACCACGUGGUGAAGCUGGAGCUGAAGGGCCCGGAGAACACGCUGCGCGUGCGGCAGGUCAAGGUGCUGGGCUGGAAGGAGGGCGACAGCAUCAAGAUCGCCGGGCAGGUGUCGGCCAGCGUGGCCCAGCAGAAGAACUGCGAGGCCGAGACCUUGCGUGUCUUCCGCCUCAUCACCUCACAGGUGUUCGGGAAGCUGAUCUGUGGGGACGCCGAGCCGACCCCAGAACAGGAGGAGAAGAACCUGCUGUCUUCCCCUGAAGGAGAGGACAAGGCUCCAUCUGACGCAGACCUGAAAGAACACAUGGUGGGAAUCAUCUUCAGCAGGAGCAAACUGACUAACCUGCAGAAACAGGUGUGCGCCCACAUCGUCCAGGCCAUCCGCAUGGAGGCCACGCGUGUGCGUGAGGAGUGGGAACAUGCCAUCUCCAGCAAGGAGAACGCCAACUCUCAGCCCAGCGAUGAGGACGCCUCCUCGGACGCGUACUGCUUCGAGCUGCUGUCCAUGGUGCUGGCGCUGAGCGGCUCCAACGUGGGCCGGCAGUACCUGGCCCAGCAGCUCACCCUCCUGCAGGACCUGUUCUCCCUGCUGCACACCGCCUCGCCCCGCGUGCAGAGACAGGUUACCUCCCUGCUGCGGCGCGUGCUGCCCGAGGUGACCCCCGCCCGGCUGGCCAGCAUCAUCGGGGUGAAGGCCCUCCCCCCCGCGGACAUCAGUGACAUCAUCCACUCCACGGAGAAGGGGGACUGGACCCGGCUGGGCGUGCUGGACAUGUUCCUGGGCUGCAUCGCCAAGGCGCUGACCGUGCAGCUCAAAGCCAAGGGCACCAGCAUCGCGGGCACAGCGGGCACCACCGCCGGCAAGGGCGUCACCACCGUCACCCUGCCCAUGAUCUUCAACUCCAGCUACAUCAGGAGGGGGGAGAGCCACUGGUGGAUGAAGGGCUCCACCCCCCCACAGAUCGCUGAGAUCAUCAUUAAGCUGGUCAAAGACAUGGCUGCUGGUCACCUGUCAGAGGCCUGGUCCCGAGUGACGAAGAACGCCAUCGCAGAGACCAUCAUCGCCCUCACCAAGAUGGAGGAGGAGCAUCGCGCACCUGUGCGCUGCAUCGCCACCACCAGGCUCUGGCUGGCCCUGGCCUCCCUGUGUGUACUGGACCAGGACCACGUGGACAGACUGUCCUCCGGGCGAUGGAUGGGCAAGGAUGGACAGCAGAAACAGAUGCCCAUGUGUGAUAACCAUGACGACGGAGAGACUGCAGCCAUCAUCCUGUGUAACAUGUGUGGGAACCUGUGCACAGACUGCGACCGGUUCCUCCAUCUGCACCGGCGCACCCGCUCCCACCAGAGACAGGUCUUCAAAGAGGAGGAGGAGGCCAUCAAGGUGGACCUUCAUGAAGGCUGCGGGAGAACCAAGCUCUUCUGGCUCAUGGCCCUGGCCGACUCCAAGACCAUGAAGGCCAUGGUGGAGUUCAGAGAGCACACAGGCAAGCCGGCCUCCAGCAGCUCCGAGGCCUGCAGGUUCUGCGGCACCAGGAGCGGCACGGAGCUGUCUGCUGUGGGGAGUGUGUGCUCCGACCCCGACUGCCAGGAGUACGCCAAGCUGGCCUGCAGUAAGACACACGCGUGCGGACACCCCUGUGGGGGGGUGAAGAACGAGGACCACUGCCUGCCCUGCCUCCACGGCUGUGACCGGAGCAGCACCUGCCUGAAGCAGGACGCAGACGACAUGUGCAUGAUCUGCUUCACAGAGGCGCUGUCCGCCGCGCCCGCUGUGCAGCUGGACUGCAGUCACGUGUUCCACCUGCAGUGCACCCGCAGGGUUCUGGAGAACCGCUGGCUGGGCCCACGCAUCACCUUCGGGUUCAUGUCCUGUCCCAUCUGCAAGAAUAAGAUUAACCACUCGGUGAUCCGGGACCUGCUGGACCCCAUUAAGGAGCUGUACGAGGACGUGCGCAGGAAGGCCUUGAUGAGGCUGGAGUACGAGGGGCUGCACAAGAGCGAGGCCAUCACCACGCCCGGCGCGCGUUUCCACGACGACCCCGCCGGCUUUGCCAUGAACCGCUACGCCUACUACGUCUGCUACAAGUGCAAGAAGGCGUAUUUCGGUGGGGAGGCACGCUGUGACGCGGAGGCGGGGCAGGGCGAUGACUACGACCCCAGCGAGCUGAUCUGUGGAGCGUGCUCAGACGUGUCCCGGGCACAGAUGUGCUCCAAACACGGCACGGACUUCCUGGAGUAUAAGUGCCGCUACUGCUGCUCUGUGGCCGUGUUCUUCUGCUUCGGGACGACGCACUUCUGCAACGCCUGCCACGACGACUUCCAGAGGAUGACCAGCAUUCCCAAAGAGGAGCUCCCCCACUGCCCUGCUGGUCCGAAAGGCAAGCAGCUGGAAGGGACGGAGUGUCCGCUUCACGUGGUCCACCCGCCAACGGGGGAGGAGUUUGCCUUGGGCUGCGGAGUGUGUCGAAACGCGCACACCUUUUAAACCCGCGAACGCGCAACGGCCGCGAACGCCGCCUGCGUCGUGAUACGCCUCCCUGCGUCGCGACAUGUCCCUCUGCGUCACGAUAUGCCCCCUGCCUUUGGGGGGGGCGAACCACGUGACGAAAAACCUCGGGAUCGACCGGAGAACCAAACGGGGAGGCCUGUCUCUCGCCCCCCUCCCCUCACGCCCAAACCUGUGAGCCUUCUGGAUUCAGAAGAAAAGAUUAAAAAACGAAAAAAAAGAAAAGAAAAAAAAAAACUUGUGACGUGUUUGCAUGCGGCCGCUGUAACCCUUGGCCCCCAUAAGCGUUGCACAGCUGAUGGCUGAAGUGUAACUGCAUUGAGUUUUAAAAGUCUGCUCAUAGAAAAUGUGGAUGAGCAUGGAGUUUAAAAAAAAGAAAAAGAAAAAACAUACUUCCAGCUUCCUAACUAUGAAUACAAAAAAAAUAAUGAUAUUGUUGACUUUUUUGGUAAAAUCCUGUACAGUAUUCUUCAUCGUCGACUGCGUCAUCAUGGGUCAACCGAAAAGAGAGAGAUGAGGAUGAUUAAAGGAGGCUGAUGAGAAUGUUAUGUUCAGACGGAAAAUAGCGUACGAUUUAUCUAAUCUUGUAUAUAAUGAUGGUAUCCAAAAUAGGUGUAUUCCGAAGUUGCUACUUUACACUUCAGUUUGAUAAUUCUGGGUUAUGUUUUGAGCCUGAACUUUUAAUGAAGUGCAAUAUUGGGCGUCCCCUCUCUUGCAGCAGUAAAGAUAUGGAAUGUAUAUGUCAAUAAAGUCACUGUACAUUUUUAUACGGUGAUUAAAAAUG